GUAAACGUCUGGGAGGUUAUAAUGUGAACCAAAUGUCAUAGCCUUCUGCUUGGCCUGUCAAAGGCUACAGAGCCUGUUGAUAGUUAAUUUUAAAAUACGAAUGAUCAGUCAGCAAAUAUUUUCUCAAAUAUGGAGGCGAGAUACAAAAAGAAGAGCAUCUUCUCUAUGGGAGGGAUUUUGGAAAAUCUAUCAUCAGAAACAGAUAAUCAAUUUAAAUUUGCUAUGUAUAAUGGUCUUGCAACUGUUGCAGUGUUAUUAGCAAUGGUUGUCACUUAUGGAGUUUAUUGUAUUUUGCAACCAUUUAUCAAACCUUUAAUAUGGGCUUUGAUCUGGGGUUCUGUCUUACACCCCUUCAAGCAGAUCAUAUCCGAUAAAGUCAGGACUGAAAUAACAAAGUUGGAAAGUGAUUCAAAACCAAUUUCCUUAAAUGUUAUUUUCAUACCAUUUUCAUUGAUUUUUACAGCUUCAGAUGGAUUGGGGAACUGUUUAUUAUUACAUAAAUGGUUAUUGAUCAAAUCAGUCGGAAGUAUUUGCUCCGCUAUCCUACUUUAUUUGUACACUCCUCAAUUCAUUAUUCAAUUGAACAGCAUAUUUUUUAAUUUCAGUAAAAUAUCUCUUUUCUUUUUGCUGGAUAUCUUCGAUAAUACCCCUUUGUUUAUCUCAUUGAUUAUCUUAUACAUUUCUUGCCUCAUAUUUUUUUGGCGACCGGGAACUGAAGCUUAUUUCUAUUUACUUAAUGCAAUUUUAUGGAUUGCCACUGCUGCCUGGUUUUCCAAUUUUUUUGGGUAUUUAAGACUGGCACUCUUUGUAUUUUUGCAGUUUAUUCCUUUUGGUUGCUGUCUAUAUAAAAUAUCAGGUUCUGCUUCCUAUGGAAAUACUCAAGAGGAAUCAUCUAUUACGAGUGAUAAUAAGGAUUCUUUAACAACUUCUGACCAUAUUUCCAGUAUGCAGGUGAUAAGAUGGAUAAGUUAUGCUUGCCUUUGCAUUGUUAUAAUCAGCAUACCAUCUUUCCUUUAUAUUGUUCUGGUAUUAUUAGCUGUCUACGUUUUAAAAUAUAUUUGUUUCACUUUUGGAAUAAUGGAUGUAUUAAAGAUGCAGUAUGAAAUCAUUAAAAAAAAUGUUAGCUCAUGGUUUAUACAAAGAAAGCAGAUUUUGUAUCCUGCUACUUUAAGUGAUACUUUUGAGGCUUAUAAAGAAGGGGUUUACCUAAUUCAAGUCGGAGGCGACAUCAUAAAUAAAACUAUAAUCAGUAACCCAGAGGUUCAUCAACUGCUUCCAGAUGAUUGGAAAGCUACAACAGAAACUGCUUUAGAGAAUGCCUAUAUAUAUGCCAGAGAAUUUAUAACUAAAAUGGUUCGUAGUGCUCUUAAAAGUCGGGGCAUCGACGAGGAGAAGGGUUUGGAAAUAGAAAACGGAGCCCUAGAGCUUUGGGAUCGUGCGUAUCAAGCGUGGGUUAUGCCGAUACAGCCAAGAGUCGGACCUGCUGUCACUCCCGAUGCUGUCCUAUCAUCGUGUUACAGUUUCCUCGAAAGGCUUCAGAAAACUCCAGAAGUAAUGUCAGUGGAAUGGAUAAAAGAUUUCAUCUUGGAAAAUAUGGCUGCCCUGAAUUCUGGCUUGAAUUCUGCUUGGCUCAUCCUGAAAGGAAACAUGUCACUUCUUCUAAGCUUAGUUUCUACGCUAAUCUCGAUCCUCUUUGGUGGAGGUAUCUCUCUGAUCAAUUUCACCCUACAUAUGAUCGUUUUUUUGACUGCUUUAUUUUACCUUCUGAGUAGCAGUAGAGAAGUCUAUAAACCAGUCGAAAUCAUCACGCAGCUAAGUCCAAAAUACGGAAAGAGGUUAGCUUUAGCCGUGGAGAAUUCGUGCCAAGAAGUACUCGCUGCUUCAGCCAAACUUUCUGCAUUUUAUGGCCUUUGGACCUGGCUCAUUCACAAAGUUUUCCAAAGUAAUCUCUCAUAUAUGCCAGCAGUAUUUGCUGGGAUACUAGGAGUUGUGCCAUUUCUAGGAACAUAUUGGGCUUGUUUGCCGGCAUUUCUAGAUUUGUGGUUCGUUCAAGAAAGUAAAAUACGAGCUGUCGGUCUGUUUAUUGCACAGAUAUUUCCUACAAUGAUAGUGGAAACAGCAGUCUACAAGGAAAUAGAAGGGGGGCAUCCAUAUCUGACUGGUUUGUCCGUCGCCGGUGGAAUGUUCUGGCUCGGAGUUGAAGGAGUGAUAGCUGGUCCGCUUCUACUCUGUUUUCUUUUCGUCACGUUGGAUAUGCUCUCGGCUGAAAAUGUUUCCGACGAACGUGUCAACAAUCUAAAAGUGUCUUAAUUUUGUAUUAUCCAUCUUUUGAUUUCUUUCGAAGGCUGCUGUUUCUAACAUUUGCUUGGUUGAAUUCUUUCAAUUUGAAAAAAGUAUUGACCCGCUUUAAAGUAUGUUUGAAUAAUUUUAUCUCAUAUUUGUUAGUUUAUUUAAAAAAUUGCAUUUAUUAAUUUAUUUGUUUAGUAGUGGAGCUUCAUGAUGUGACUAAAAGUUUAUAUUUAAAAAACAAAGAAUACAUUUUUGUGUCUCCGCUUAGACACUUUUGUGUUUAUUUAUUUCAAAUACAAGAGAAAGUUGCAGCAGCGAUAUGGGACAGUGCAAUUGCUUUAUUCAGAAGAUUUUUCCAGCAUAUAAUGGCUACUGAUCUGCUUGAACAAAAUAUUUAAAAAAUAUAUUCUAUAUAAGAUAUAUUUAAAAGCAGUAUAUUUUUUAUUAAUUAAAGAAUAUUGUAUUUUGGAUAAGUAGGCAGUUCGUAUAUUUAACAAUUUUGUAGGUUAAGAAAUACUGUCGGGUUCUGUUUUUAAUUUUUCCUUAUUUGUUAGAAUUAGUUUAUUCUAAUAGUUUUCACUUCUUUUAAAUGCACCAUCUAAUUAAUAAUAAUUUAUUUUUAGAAUCUAAUGGUAUUAUAGAAAUAAGUUCUUAUUGCAAAGCUUUUAAAUGUUUUUCUUCUGCUUUAAGAUAAUUUUUAGCAUAUUUUAGUCUAUUUAAAUUUUCUAUUACAUAUAUUAACCUUUUUUGUAAUGUUUCCAUAUUUUAUCUUGUUUACUUUUGCUGAACCCAAAAACAAGCCAACUUAGUGUGAUACAAUUAAUUUUUAUUUGGGUCAGAUCCGAUUAAAGGUAGAAUAGUAAAAUGUUUAAUUCAUUUUAGAAAAGUGCAAAUUUGUAUGGUUUAAAUAGGCUGAAAUUGCUGUCAUUGUAUCCUGCCAAAGAAAAAAAAAAAUUAUUACAUCUGUCUUCGAAGACUGAUGAUAAAACGAAAGUAGUUUUGUGCGAUUUUAAGGCUCGUUACUAAAUAUACGUUAUCUAUAACUGUGAUAAGAUGUUGGAUGUUACCAUUCUUCUUUAAUAUUUUUCAAAGAGCACUAUGUUACCUGCUAUUAAAAUUAACGAAUAGUUAUAUUUCUUCGAAUUUUUAAUGCUUAGCUUUUAGCUUCUUUAAUCUAUUUCAUAAUUGAUAUUUUUAAAUUAUUUAUUUUAUAAUAUUUUCUACUAAUAAAGUUUGUGAAUAGAUAGAAGUUAGAUAAUGGAGUUUCAUAGUUUUUAAACGUUUAGUUUUUACAGUUGUUCUUUGGCCAUAUGAG